GGCCUCUGGAGGCCGAGGCCGCGGCGGGCUCUCGGGGCCGGGAGGAGCGGAGCAGCUCCCGCGCGGCCUGGGCCCCGCCUACGCGCUGGACGAAGUGGGGGCGCCGCCCGGUGGGUGCUGGGCGCGGGCGCGCAGGCCGGCGGCCCCCCUGCGGCCCCCUCCCCUGCCUCGCUUUCAGCGGCGUCGGUGAGCCGGGGUGAAGAGCCGCCGUGGCCUCUGCCUCGCCAACCGGCAUCUGGGGCUCCGUCCAGAGGCACAAAGGCUACUGUCAGUGCCAUCCCCCUUGGGGACCACGCACAGGUCGCCAGAGCCUGAGAAACUGGUCCCCACGUACGAAAACAGUUUCGAUGCGGCACCGUUCCUGACUCCUCAGGAAAAAAGGAGAGGCCCUUUAAACAAUUGUUACCUGCUUUGUACUUGCCCUUGUUUACUUGAAUACUUUUUCCAGUAAGCUUUGGGGAGUAGGAUGGAGACAACCAUAAGAGAUGGGGGGGAAAGUCCCAGUUUUAGUGAGUGUAGGGUGAAAACUAGUUCUGGGAAAAAAAAAUCACUUUUCAAAAUACCUUCUUUGGCCUCCACGAAUAUGUACUGGUGGCACCAGAAAUCAUCCGACUUGCUUCCUGGGAGUUGAUUGUCUUUGAAGAACCAUGAAGUCACAUUCUGUUGUUAUGCUUACUCUGGCCAUUCUGGUGUUCCUGACUUGGGUCCCUGAGUCACUGAGUUGUAACAAAGCACUCUGUGCUAGCGAUGUGAGCAAAUGCCUCAUUCAGGAGCUCUGCCAGUGCCGACCUGGAGAAGGGAAUUGUUCCUGCUGUAAGGAGUGUAUGUUAUGUCUUGGGACCCUUUGGGAUGAGUGUUGUGAUUGCGUUGGUAUGUGCAAUCCUAGAAACUAUAGUGACACACCUCCAACCUCAAAGAGCACGGUGGAGGAGCUUCACGAGCCAAUCCCUUCUCUCUUCCGGGCGCUCACAGAAGGAGACACUCAGUUGAACUGGAACAUUGUUUCCUUCCCUGUUGCAGAAGAACUCUCGCAUCAUGAGAAUCUGGUUUCCUUUUUAGAAACUGUGAACCAGCCACACCAUCAAAAUGUAUCUGUCCCUAGCAAUAAUGUUCACGCACCUUACUCCAGUGACAAAGAACACAUGUGUACUGUGGUUUAUUUUGAUGACUGCAUGUCCAUACAUCAGUGUAAAAUAUCCUGUGAAUCCAUGGGAGCGUCCAAAUAUCGCUGGUUCCAUAACGCCUGCUGCGAGUGCAUUGGUCCAGAAUGCAUCGACUAUGGUAGUAAAACUGUCAAAUGUAUGAACUGCAUGUUCUAAAGAAGGAGAAGAAUGCAAACCAAAGCAAUCUAGACAACAAGAAAGAUAUGAAAAACUAUUCAUUGAGCUCUACUGGUUGCACCAGCAUGCUAGCUGGUUAAGAAGAUAGAAAGAAUUUGGAUGGAGUUAAAGUAUGACAAAUCCAGUAAUGUGUUAAAUUAUAAUUAUAACUGCUCUGGUUGAUUUUAUAGCCCACUGGCAAUAAGCCCUUUCCUCUUAAAUACAUUUACAACUUUGAUCGUAUGAAAAGCAAGUACACAGAGAAUUUCUUGAAAGAUCUGAGGUUUUUUGACAAAGCCCGAUGUCAUUUUUUUUUCUAGCAUUCCAAAAGCCUUUGGUUUUGAAAGUGUUGGAGCACAUUAACAUAAGUUAUGAUUUCUUCAUAUACUACUCCUGGGACACUGAGUUUUUCCAGUCGUACACCAGUCUUCACUCACUGUACCUUGUCUCAUUUAUCUCUUCUAUAAAUAGGGUAGAUAGUCCGAUGAGAACUCACAUAAAUUUCACCAUUAAAGGCUUAAUUUCAAACCUUGUAAUGUUGGUUUUAGAAAGUAAAUGCUUACUACAUUUUACAGUUUAAAACUCUUACGUAGCAGAAUCCAUCCUGUAAUACACAUGCUGACAGAGCUUUGAGGAAAAUUUCUCCUUCUCUUACAUGCCCCUGCCCAAAGUGCUGAUGUAGGUGAAUUCUGACCAAGAAUUGCAAGGCACACCUAUGACAUUGCAUUAAAUAUUCUGCUAGGGUAUAAAGAAUUAGGAAGUUAAAGCAUUUCUCAGACUUAAGGUACCAGCUUACGGAACACUCAGGAUGGGAAGUGCCUGCCAAAUCAGACUCCACUUAGAGCACCAGGGAAACACUUCGUCCUGUUGUACAGACAGCGUGGGCAGAGCCUUGUUCCUAAGCUGAGUGACAGGAGGAGAUAAAGAGGAAACUCACCGGCGUGAACAGGGAAGGUUGAAAAAGCGGGCAAUUCUUAUGGGAAGCAAACUUAAACUAUUUUGUUAUAGUGUAAUCUUUGCUUUAGGUUUCCAUCUGGAUAGAAUGUUCUCACUACAAAGUAUAAUCAGGCAGUGGGAGGUGAAGGGUAUGCAAUGAAAAAGAAAUCUCUGUUUAAGAUGAUGUUAACUCCAAAUACACUACAGACUAUUUUGUUUUAUAUAUUUCGAUAAUGAUAAGCUUAAAUACUAUGUGUCCUUCAUCGUAAUAAAAUCCCAGUCUUCAAGCAUGAAUCUAAAACAUAAAUAUUUAUAUUACAGAGACUCUUGACUAUACAAAAUUAUUAAUUUUUCAGUACAUUAUGAGUUACAAGUAACUUGCAGGAAUAUCUUUUUUGUAUGUCUAAAUAUUUUAGUACAUAAAAAUAGAUAAUGCUCUUAGACACUUUGUAUUUGUAUUCAUUAUAUGAACAAUAGUUACAAAAUCAUAUGUAAUAUCAUAAUUAACUAUCAUAAAAUCUAAAGCCUUAAUACCUUUCUGUUCUUUCAGGCUACUCUAAUGAAUACUAAAGGUACUUUAGCCUUUUCAAAAACGUUUGGCCUUUAAAAAAAAGUUAAAAUUUAGCUCUUGCGUGUAUUUUUUUUUAAUAGGAAAACAUUGGGAUAUCCUUUUCUUACUUCCACCUAAAAUGCCUCUGUUUAAAAGUGCCUUGAAAACAUUUUGGCUUUCCUUCUUCAUUAAUGCCUACAAAGGUAAUGGUUUUCUUAAAACCUUUUAAACUAAAAAAGAGAAAGUUUUAAAGGAAUCUACAUCCAGGUGCUUCAUUUCCACUUUGGUAUUCUUCAAAGUAAUUUCAUAUCUAUGAAUAUAGAAAUCCUUCUGUGUUUAUUGACAGUGCUUAAUGUUGCCUUAACUAUGACACUUUUUAACUGCAUUUAUCAUCUUUAUUAGGACUUCAUUAUUAAAUUUUUAACUGUAAUAUCUCUUCUGCCCUUAUACUGGGAAGGUAAUUUCUUGAACCAUUAUUGUAUUUGAACUGAUUUUCCUUACAUCUAUUUCUCCCAGUAGAAAUUAUCCCUAAAUGCAAUGGUUAAUUUCAUAUUAAAUUUUGCUUUGUUUUUGUGGUUUAUGAAGGGAUUGAAAGACAGAGUUUACCUAAAAGAUUCCAUUACCAGUUUAUAAUGUAUUUCAAGUUUUUAAUAAUGUUUUCCAAAUUAAAAGUAUAACAUUUCAGAAGCCAGUAACCCCACUAAAAUUUAGACCCUUUAUUACUAUUCUAGAUAUGAUUUACUUCUAACUUGAAGCUCUGGUAAAAAUUCUUUUUUUUUUUAAUAAAAAAUUAGGUUAACUAUUUUAUAACUAGAUCAAAAACCCCCUAAAUCAGUAGGUAUUAGAAAAGCCAUAUAUAAAAGUUUCUUUCCUAGGGUAAGACAUGCCCCUGCUAGUUAGUUUUCCUGUCUCUCUUUGUCCCCAUAACAUCUAAUUAUUGCAGAAAUUGUACUCAAAAUAGUGGCACCAAAUCAAAUGAUAAUUCAAAUAAAGUAAGUCUUUGUUUACAUAGAAUGCUAUAAAAGAGAGGCUUUCAUUUAGAAAUAAUAUUUCUAAAGCUUUGGUAAGCUUUUAGAAUAUUUGAACAAUUAUUUAUAAAGCAGAGUAGCAUCAACAUAGAGAAAAGAAACUAAAACUUCUGAAAAAUGAGGUAGAUAUGAAUAAGCCACAUAUUUAAAGUUUGUUUUUGUGAAAGCUUCCUUGAAGAUUUUUAAAAUCUAUCCUACAUUCCCCAGAGUCUAUGUUAAUUGUAUUUCACAUGAUCUGCAACAUGUAGAAUUACGCAUUUUUUUCUUUGGUUGUCCCUAUAAGCAAAAGAGUAUUUUAAUAAAAAAUUGAAAUGAC